GGGCAGGCCAGCAGCUGAUCCAAGACUUGCAGCUCCGUGUAUAAAUACGGGAGGGAGACGGGGGAUGAGACACGGAGCAGAGGUGGGUCUACUCAGAGAGGAGAGAAGGAGAGAAGAGGAGGAGAAGAAGAAGGCGAAGAAGAAGGCGAAGAAGGCGAAGAAGGCGAAGAAGAAGAAAGAGAGAGAGAGAGAGAGAGAGAGAGAGAGAAGGACUGAGAGUGACAUAGAGAGUGAGAGAGAGAUAGGAGAGAGAGACAGAGACAGAGAGAGUGUGUGUGUGAGAGCGACCUGCAGCCGACCCUGCCUGUGACCGACAUUUCAACAUGACCCGAGUCCCGGCGACCUUCCUCCUGCUCUCCGCUGUUGCUGUCGUUCUCUGGCACGUUUCCCAAGCCAGCGAAGAUGGCCGGAGUGUGAACGACUGCUGCCUGAUGACGGCAAAUGCUCGCAUCCCGAUUCGCAUUGCGAAGGGUUACACGAUUCAGAAAGCCGGCAAUGGGUGUAGCAUCCACGCCAUUGUGUUCCUGACCAAAAAGGGGAAACACCUUUGUGCCCCUCCAAAGGAGAAGUGGGUGAUCAAGCUGAUGAAGACCCUGGACCGCAAGAGUAAGAAGAGAAGCAAGUCCCAGCAGAGCCGCAGGCGGAAGAACUGAGGAGUGGCCGCGGCCCAGAGACCUUCGGAACCUUCCCUCCGUUACCUCAUGCUCCCACCCGAAGAUGCCAAGAUAUAUUUGUUGCGGGGGGUGCAGACGGGAUAUCCCCCAACCCCACAGGCGAUGUUCCACGCUGAUCGGCGACCCCCUCAACGACCCCUCUCCCUCCAAUCUCAAAAUGAUGGCCCCUACCCUGGGACUCAACCCCCCCUCUCCCCUCCUCUUUCACUCCCUGGAGAGGUGGGUCUAGAGUACUCGGUCUCACCUCCCCCCCACUCAACUGCCUGCUGCAGAGUUCGAUAUUGUACUCCUGUAACCAGCUGAAAUGUGUCGGCAGGAACUGCAGAUGCUGGUUUAAACCAAAGAUGCCGGCGUAACUCAGCGGGACAGGCAGCAUCUCUGGAGAGAUGGGGAGGUGUAGAGGGAGCUUCACUCUGUGUCUGACCCCCUGGGAAUGGACAGACCUCUGUUCCAUCAACCCCACACUGUCCCUGGAAUAUCUCCCACCGUUUGUGGUUUAUCAAUCGGCACUGUAAUGCUUCGAGGGAACUACACCAGGCUCCCCCUCCCCUUCCCCCUCCCCCCACUCCCCCUCACCCAGAGUGGAGACCUCACUCGGCCCACCAAGAGAUCCCUGAUAAAAUGUGAAACUGAAAAACGCUAAGUGCCGGAGGAACUCCGCGGGUCGGGCAGCAUCUUUGGAGGGACUGCCUGGGACAGUCCCGAUUCAGAGAGUUGACCCGAAACAUCGACCAUCUCCAUGGGACGGCUCGCUGGCGCAGCGGGUAGAGCUGCUGCGUCACAACGCCAGAGACCCGGGUUCGAUCCUGACUACAGAUGCUGUCUGUACAGGGUUUGGACGGUUCUUCCUGUGACUGUGUGGGUUUUC